UAAAUCUAUAUUUUUAUUCGUAACUUACUUCUGUUUUGCAAACGUAUCCAUUUGGAUUUGCUUUUGUGCCUAAGUCUGUAUACAAAAACCUGUUAACAGGAUUUUGCAUUUCGAUAAAAAAUGUAUAAAAUGUUUGAAAAAAAUGAGCUUAAAGAUGCAAAGUUCAAUUCAUAUGGAUGCCAAAUUUAAGAUACAGAUAAAAACCCGAAUACACAAGUUUACAAAACAGUAUGACAAACAAUUAAAUGCUACUUUCGGGUACACGUUUUAUUUAUAUAUAAUUUAUAUAAAUGUACAUGAAAUUCAUUAACACAAAUAGCAGUCCCAAAAUGACGGGCUGUGAACCUUUCUUCAGGUCUCUUUUGGUUGUCUAAAACAGGUUGCACAGGAAGCAGUGGCCAUUCACACUGUUUGCCAACUUUGAAAUGUUCCUGUGAUGCUUCAUGCGGCAACUUGUGCAGAUGAAGGCUGAACGCGUUGAGUUGAUGCAUCAUUUCACCCAAAGCUGCUCCUCAGGUUGAAAUCCACCUGCCCCCCUCAGAGAGCACAGAAAGACCAGAGUCAAGCUCAGAGUCUAACCGAUGACAGCUCCACUCAGAAGUUGCCCCCUGGUGGCCCAAACUCUGAAACUGCACAAGAGAGGACUGCAUGUGGGGCCCAGAGGCAAAUGAAGGCUUGCCAGGUGCAGGACCUGACCGAGAGGAUCCAACGUCCGCCUGCUCCUACAGCGCUGCAGCAUGAACACAAGCUGCCUCUGGAGAGCUGUUCUGCCUCUUUCCCCGCUGAUGUCUUCGAAGAUGACAUCUCCCCCUCCAGCUCCCCCACUGAGCAUCAUGGCGCACACCAAUCUCCAGCCAUUCCCUCUCUGUCAGGACUCCCAGCUGAGCAGUCGCUAAGUGACUGCCCAGCUGUGGGCCUGACCCUUAAUCAUAGUCCCAGUCAUGUGCAGUCUGGUUUGACGUUGCUCUCAGCAACUGUGGGCAUCAGAAAACCAAUGAGUGUGAGACUGGGUGAAUCGAACACCAUGGCAACAACCGGGAGACCAAACGGGGUGUAUCUGACCUCUCAGACCACACCCCUACUGCCGAAGACAGCUCGGCCUCCCAGCCCCUCCAACUCCUCAUCUCUGCCACCCUCCCUAAACUUCAAUCACCUUCCCCGCUCGCGGAAACCGCGGGAUACCAAACCCAAAAUGAGGAAACUCAAGUAUCACCAGUACAUUCCUCCAGACCAGAAAGGAGGGUCUGGGACUGGAGUAGGAGGAGCCAAACAGAAGGGCUCUGCUCCUACCCAGCCUUUGGACCCAGCCUAUUCCCAACACCUGAAACAGCAGCAGGUCUUUCUGCAGCUUCAAAUCCUGCAAAACCAACAGCAGCAGCAGCAGCAGCAGCAACUACAGCCACAACAACAGCUUACUGUCGUACCAAGUGGAGAUCAGAAUGAUCCUGUGAAGUCUUCUGGAGCCAUGCCACUGAAUCUGCAGCCUGUUCCUGCUACAACAAACCACACGCCAAUCGAUAUUAAUCCUGCCUCCAAACCUGAGCUUCUUCCUGCAAAUCUCGUUGAUUUAACAGUGUCAGAGUUGCGGCAGCAGCUGCGUAAGCGUGGCCUCCCUGUCUCUGGCACCAAGCCUGCGUUGUUGCAGCGUCUUCGUCCCUUCCAGCUUCAACAUGCUUGCCUUAGCCCCGCUCCCCUUUGUCAGCUGGGUACCAGCCUGGAGCCCCUUCUUCCCUGUCCUCCACUGCUACCCAGUCCGAGCCCCGGCUCAAGCUCCAGCUCUGGACUAGACUCACCCAGCAGCAGCCCGAACCAACAGCUGUACAUCCAAGAUGGGGGAAUUCCUAAUGGGAUUCUCAGUGACGCUCCAAACAGAGUUCCAAAUGGAGCUCUGAACACCAUCCCAAAUGCAUUUACAAAUGCUGCGUCAGUUAGUUUGGCAGGUGAACAGUGUUGUCUCACCAGCAGCCUCCUCUUGGCUCCUGCCAGCACCGCCUCAGGAACUCCAAGUCCCAGUUUACCCAUGUCGUCUUCCUCGCCACUGCAGUGUGGGACUCCCUGGAGAAGUGAGCGCGAGCAGCACCAGCAACAGCGGCAAGAGCUGAGUGUGGAGCUGCAGAUGAGGGAAAGGAUUAGGAGCAGGCCAAGGGACCGCUCCGUGCACACCAGCAACGAGUCCUGCGAGGGAUCUCUUCAUCCAUUCCUGCAACAGGAUCCAGGAUGCUCCAGAGGGAAGUCAGAAACAAAUGCCCAAGCAGAGGUGUUUUGCUGCCAGCCUUGUGAUGUGAUUGGCCAUGACUUUGAGCUGCCUGUAGAGAUUACAGCCAGUCCUGUUCAGACUCUACCUGGCAUUCGCAGCUUGGAGGAAGAGCUGCAGGAGGCUAUCCAGAAAGCACAGAUGGAUCUUCGACAGUCUAUCGAUGACAUCUUAGAUGAGCCUAUUACUUGUGAGGGCUCUGUCAGUGUCUCUGAUCAUAAAUCCACUGCCCACUCACCCUCCGAUACUUAUGCUUCCCCUCAAAGUGAACAAUCCCAGGUUUCCCAGCAUCACUGCAAGGAUGAAAACUUCCUGCACUCACCUCUUUGCUCCUCUCUUUUGCUGGAGCUCCCCCCAUCUCCUGCUGUCAUAAGCCCAAAUCAGGUUGUGCCAGCUCCCCUUCUUUCCCCACCCCCAAUCUGCACCUCCCCUCUAUCAUCUAGUGGGAAGUCACGGAAACGACGGGCACCGACACCAUUUGACGCUGCUGAUUGGCUCGAGUCACUGACGUCCGGCUUCCGCCCUCUUACGCCGCCAAAAGCUCCCUUUGUUGAAUCCGAUUUCAGUCUGGAUUCAGACCUGAAUGUGAAUCGAGUGUUAGAUCUUUUAAUAGAGCAGUGGUGAAGACCUGGGCGAUGUGUGCUUUUACGUUUGUAAUCUGUUUGUAUGUACAGUAGCUGAGUAUCAUUUUUUUUUUCCUUUAAUGGUCAUAAAUGAGUCAAGCUGAACACCUUCUACCAGUGCUAGAGGAUUGUGAACAGAGGCCUCCAUCCAUCAUCAGUGAUAGGCUGUCAGAGUCACUCGCUCCCUACAAAAGCUGGACUCCUGGCAGUUAUCUGAUCAGACGUAGCUCCUCUGGGUCAAUAACACACACACACACUCACAUCCGUGAACCCUAAACACACACAGAGAGUGCAGAGUGUUUAAAAGCACAUCUGUGGACUGACACACUCCACAGCAUGAUGUCAGAAGUGCUAAACAAGAGAAAUCCUGGUAGCAUAGUGAGUUAAACAUGCUUCCUGGCUGCGCUGGGAGACUUUUGACUCAUCCCCAAAACCCACUGUUGGACUGGGUCGAGCGUGGCCCCUGGUGUUGACUCAGCCAUCCAGUCCCGCCCAUUCACAAAGCCCAUUUAGAGUGUGGAACGGCCAGACCGAGCACACAGCUUGCGUGUGGCUCCGGACCUUAACCCCGGUGCCAGAUACACAGUCGGCAUGCAGAGUGGGAAAUCUGGCAGAAGCCUCAAACCAGACGUGUGUGUGCUUGUUUUUAUUAAGUAUGUGUGCUUCAAAUAUAUCCAAUGAUGGGUGACUAAGCACACAAGUCUGCUUGUAUUUGCAUAUGGCAACGUACAAAUGCUUCCAUGUAUAUCUGUCAGGCUUAAUGCCAAGUGCAUUUGUUGUUCCUUGUUUGCUUAGAUUUAGAGGUGCGUGUUUGUGAGCAGUGUGGUUGAUCGGUGAAAGACGCAGCCAGCCGCAGACUUCUGAUUUCUGUGUCCAGUUUUCAGAUCAGACAUUUAAUUGUUGUUUCAAGAUGUCAGCAGGCAACAAGUCUGGUGUAGUUAGCCGGUGUAAUCAUCAGAACAACCACAGUGCUCUACUCGAGUCACCAUUCACCAGCCGAGCAAUCAGGAAACCUAAAUCAAAAAUAGUUCCUAUGCAAAUGAGCCAAUCAGCUGAGUGAGAGCUUCCUCAUCACGUUGCAAAACAGGUGGUCAUUUUGUUCACUGAUUAACCCCCAACAGUGUCUGGCCUGUGGUGGGUGUUUACCCUGAUACAGCCAGUGCCAGUUUUAGCACAGUUUAUAACCCAGCACCAAGGUCACACCUGUUCACUUAAUCUAAAUGAAUUCCAAAAAUGUGUCACUAGACAAUGUUAAAUCACUGGUGGACAUUUCAGUAUAUAGAAAGACCAAUUAUACAAAGAGUAAGUGCACUGUAGGAUUAGUACAGAAUAAAAGAAUGAAUGAAACAUGUCAUAUGACCAGUUGUCUGUCUUUUAAAGCAGAUACAGCACCACUGACAGUGUUGUUGUUUGUACAUUCUACAUGAUUUAUUGGUAAUGCAGAGAUCUAUUUAUUAUUUGUCCACAUGAUACACUUUAGUGAAUUACAUUCACUCUCAACCUUACUUAACAAAAUUCUAUAAAUAAGCCACAAUUUCACAGUGGUUCAUUGCCAUUAAACUCUUCAGAUAGAUGAUCCCACAUGUGGAAAAUUAUACUCUAUGUUAACUGGCUGCACAUCCGAUCAAUCAUUUUGGAGUGCUCUAACUGGCCCAAUAAUCUUUGGAACAUUUGAAUAAAUUAUACAACUAUUUUGCCCUAUAUCAAUGAAAGUAAGAUGUCUCUUGUUAUCUGGUUUGUAUAAGGGCACAGAAAUGUAAGAUCUAAUACCAUACUAUGUAUGUUAAUAUCAGGCUUUUCCUUUGCACGGAUUGCAGUUGCAGUUUUUGCCUCGCUGUUACCUCUUCUGAUAAUCAGUUGAAAGAUACAGUGAGUUUAUCGGAAGAAAAUCGUCUGUGCAUCAACAUAACUUCAGCACAGCAGCACAGCUUUUACUUAAAUAUUACAAAUUGAAACAAAAAAAGAAAAAAGGAAUAAAAAAUUAGGGUAAAUGUGUUUCGAUGGCUAUGAUAAUCAUAGCAAUCGUUCAGCGAUGCCUGUUGCAAAAAAAAACAAAAAUAAAAAAUAAAAAAACAAAAAUAAAACACGCAUAUAUAUGUAUGUAUAUAUAUAUAUAUAUAUAUAUAGUAAUUGGCGGGAGAGUAAGAUGCUACCUCCUGUGACUUCCACUGCUUUAGGGCAAACACUUGUGUUUUUCAUGUUUCUUAUUUAAUUUCUGGACUCUCUAAAAGCGUUUCCUGCAACACCCUGUGACAAUUUAACCGGUUUAAUCAUUCUUUAAUGAACCGAAUGUGAAACAUCUAUGGGAGUCGCUGGAGUGGUUCAGAUAACUGUGAUUCAGUUUGGUCACUUGCUGCUAUAAAUGCCUUAUUGUGAAAAUGUGAGACAAAAUUAAAUGUGCUUGCUUUUAUUUAUUAUGUAACUUAUUCAUGCAAAACACACCAAUUCUGUCCAAAAUGUAUUUAAAAGAAUCUAAAAAAUUAAAGUCUUAAUAGAUUUUU